GGGAGUCAUCCACUGAGUUAUUGAAGACUAGUAUUAACUCAGCUGAAUUUUUUGUGAAAACUUGAAUGAAAAGAACGACAUGGCUAAAGAACACCGUACAUUCAAAGAGGAGUGCUCUUAUAUUGAGCGCUUAAACGGAAACUCGUUUCUUAUUAGAAAAGGCUUUGUCCCAAAUAUGAAGGUUGAAGGUAUCUUCUAUAUAAAUGAUUUACUUGAAAAGCUGAUGUUUGAUGAGCUGAAACACUGGGCUGGAACUCAAGGUAUUGGUGGUUUCCUUCCUGGUGUAAAGCAGAUUGCAAAUGUUGCAGCUUUACCUGGAAUUGUUGGUGUAAGAAUGAUCAUUACUUUUUUUCCAGUCAUUUAA